AUGCCCUCAGAAACAGAUCCCCGUGCCUAUGCUUACCUUGUCGGUGUCGGAGUGACCCACUCCAUCGCUCCACCCAUGCACAACUACAUCGCAAAAGCACUGGGCCACGACUGGACAUUCAUCGCGAAAGAAUGCCCAACAGUUGAAGAUGCCGUUGAACUGUUUCGACGAUCUGACUUCGCCGGCGGCGUGGUGACCAUGCCUUACAAGCGCACUAUCAUGGACCACCUCGACGGUCUGGACGAAUACGCUAUUCGACUUGGGGCAUGCAACAAUGUAUAUCGGACAUCUGACGGAAAAUUAAGAGGCACCAAUACCGACUGGCGCGGGAUUAAGGGAUGUUUGCUGGGAGCGAGCGCAGAAGGCAGAGGAAAGCCGGCUGUGCUUAUCGGGGCUGGAGGAGCUGCACGGGCGGCGAUAUUUACUCUACACGAUCAAUUGGAAUGUCGACAGAUCUAUCUCGUUAAUAGGGAUCGCGAUGAAGUCAAGGUCCUCUUGGAAGAAGUGAAACAGGUGUAUGGUGACGGCUUGGAGAUCAUUUAUGUGGAGCGCGUCGAGCAGGUAGCGGGUCUCCCCUCGCCGUAUUAUAUUGUGGGCACUGUUCCGGACGCUGAGCCUAGCACCCCCGACGAGGUGGAAGUUCAUCAGAUUAUUGGGUCAUUUUUGUCGACCCCUCAAGAGAAAGGCGUUCUACUCGACAUGUGUUUUAAGCCACGAAAGACGCGGAUCCUGCAAGCUGGACAGGCGAACGGCUGGAAGACCGUUGAGGGAACCGAGAUUAUCGGCCACCAGAUUCAUGAGCAAUACCGACUGUGGUGCGGCGAGGAAGAAAGUAGCCAAAUUCCUGUGACUGACGCAUGGGCAGUGCUUCGCAAGGCAGCAGAGGAAAGUCCUGCAAUCAACUUUUAA